UGUAGAGGCGGCUGUUCGAGAAGGAAGUUGGUCAGUCACGGUAGUGAGAGACAGGGAAGCAAAAUCGGUACCGUGGCCUAGAGAUUGACCUUUCUCCUCGCCCCCAACCCUCUUGGCCACAAACUCCAAUCAGAAAACUCACUCCAUCCGUGUGGACUCACACACCUUCCAGCCUGAUGUCUAGCAGCGAGUUAUGGCAGACUGGUGCCCUAGCUCCCCUGCUGUCCGUCGAGGAUUUAACGAACCUGAAGUACAUUGGUGAAGGUGGGUUCGGCACGGUGUUCCGGGCGGAACACAGGACGUGGUGUAUCCCUGUGGCAGUAAAGAUCGUGAACUCGAAGGAGAUAUCCAGGGAGGUGAAGGUCAUGGCAAGUCUGCGUAACCAGCACGUGCUGCCCCUGCUGGGGGUCAUUGAGAAGCUGGAGUGGGACAACUUGUCUGGGCCGGCUCUGGUGACUUCAUUCAUGGUGAACGGUUCCCUGGCGGGGCUGCUGCAGCCCCAGUGCCCUCGGCCCUGGUGCUUCCUCUGCCGCCUGUUGCAGGAGUUGGUGCUCGGGAUGUGUUACCUGCACAGCCUGAACCCCGUGCUUCUGCAUCGGGACCUGAAGCCCUCCAACGUUCUGCUGGACGAAGACCUGCGCAUCAAGCUGGCAGAUUUUGGCCUGUCCACAUUUCUGGGAGGUUCAAAGUCAAGAGCAGAAUCUGGGAUGUCAGGGGGCACCCUAGCCUACUUAGCCCCAGAACUGUUGGCUGAUGUAAACCGGAAGGCCUCUAAGGCCAGUGAUGUCUACAGCUUUGGGAUCCUAAUGUGGGAAGUGCUAACUGGAAAAGAAGCUGAGAUAGUGCCCCAGACAUCGCUGAUGCAGAAAGCCGUGGGUGAAAGGCAGAACCGGCCCCAGCUGACUGAGCUGCCCCAGCCCAGCCCUGAGACUCCUGGCUUGGAAGGACUAAUGAAGUUAAUGCAGCACUGCUGGAGGAAUGAGCCCAAGGACAGGCCUUCCUUCCAAGAAUGCAGAAUAUUUACUCGGGAAGCCCUCAACCUGGUACAGAAUACAGACAAAACUGGUACAAAGAUGGAUGCUGCAGUCUCCACAGUGAAGAAGUUCCUGUCUGAGCACAGGAGGUUUUCUGCCUCUGAGUCAGUCCUAGGAGGGACAGAAAUGGAUGGCUCUGGGAAAACCCCGGGGAGUCUUAAUUCCAUGGUCUCUAAGAUGCUAGCACUGAAUCUGAAAGGGUCCUCCAGCUCUGUUCCUGAAACAUGUAGAAACCUUCCUAAGAAGAUAGACGCACAAGGAGAAGAGACUCAGCCUGCCCAAACAGCAAGGACGGCUUCUGAUUCGACAUUCCAACCUCCCCCAACUCUGGGAACCUCACUUUCCAGAAACCAGACUCCCAGCCCCACCUCGGCUUGGACCCCAGGUGCUAGACCCCAAGGGACUCAGGGUGCUGAGAGAGGUGGUAUCAACGGGCCUUCCAGCACGCCGGGGCCAAAUCCAAUACCAGGGCAGCAGGCUCCUACCAUCGUUGGCUGCCAAGGGGUGCAGGUCGGAAACAACAACUCUAUGGUAAUACAGGGGAAAACUGCUUUUCCCAUACGGAACCUGCCACCUGGGCAUAUGGGUAGGGGCCCACAACAUGCCCCCCACGAGUAGCUGUGAAAGAAGUGUGGAAAGAACCGGACUCCUGGACUGGGCCACAGAGCUGGUAUAAUAAUGGCAGGAACUGAGGAAGCG